AUGGUGUCCGCCAUCACAGCAAAAUAUGACUGGAUCCUAGCCAUCACAUCGAUCGCCUUUGUCUUCAGUGCAUUUGGCAACGGGGCCAACGAUGUGGCCAAUUCGUACGCGACAUCCGUGGCGGCUCGGACGCUCACCAUGCCACAGGUGGGGGUUCUGUCCAUGAUCACCGAGUUCGUGGGUGCAGUGGCGCUGGGAUCACGAGUGACCAGCACCAUCAAGAACGGCAUCAUCAGCAUCGACCGGUUUGAAGACCGCCCCGCGGCCUUGAUGUUGGCCAUGGGAUGUGCCGAGGUCGGCAGUGCGACCUGGUUAAUGUUUGCAACCAGCUGGGGGUGGCCUGUGUCGACGACCCAAACGGUCGUGGGGGCCUUGAUCGGAGUCGGCUUUGCGUCCCAGGCCGAUAUCAAAUGGGCCUGGGCAUCCGGGAGUGUUUCGCAGGUUGCGGCGUCAUGGGGCAUCGCGCCUUUGAUCGCAGCAGGGUUUUCGGCCUUAAUCUUCGGCAUCGUCAAGUACACGGUACUUGAACGGCAGGACUCGUUCAAAUGGGCCAUGAGGCUGAUUCCGUACUAUUUCGCCACCACCGCCGCCAUCCUCGCUCUGUUUAUUGUCGUCGAGGCCCCGACUGCCCCGUCGCUCGAAGAGUUUGGAGCAGGCAAGGCCGUUGGCAUCAUCUUAGGCGUCUGGGUGGGCGUGUUGGUUAUUGCAUAUGUGUUUUUCAUACCUUACUUCGAACGUCGUCUCGUCAAGCAGGACUCCCGUGUCAAAGCCUACCAUAUCCCAUUGGGACCUCUCCUUCGCCGCGAGAACCCACCGUUGUACUUCCCGGCCAAGGAUGAUGGAAAAUAUGUCAUCGACUAUUACGAGGAUCCGUACGCCGCCACCGCCGAGCAGUCGUCCUCGUCCGUGAAUUCGCUCAAGGAAGGCAAGCAGCUGUCGGCCGCUGCGAGCAGUACCACCGCUCCCAGUCCCCUACUGGUUGCUGGAGACAGCACUUCGGUCUUGGAGAAGGGCAACCCUGUGGCCCCGGGAAUGGUUGCUCGUCGACGACCUCUGACGCCAAAAGAACGAUGGAUCGACCCGGUGCAAGAUCUGCCCUGGAGCAACCCUCAACGAUGGUGGAGUUACAUCAAAUUUGGCUUUCUUCGCGGAGUGGCCAUGGACUGCGUGACUCACGAUUCGGCCAAACUGCGCGAAAUCCACGCCAGAGCCAACAAGUACGAUGUCCGAGUCGAACAUCUGUGGACUUAUUGCCAGGUCGCGUCGGCCAUGUUGAUGUCGAUUGCUCAUGGUAGCAACGACGUCGCCAACGCCGUCGGACCCUGGGCUGCCUCUUAUCAAACUUUCAAGGCCGGUGUCGUUGACACAAAGUCAGACACUCCUGUCUGGUUCCUGAUCAUUGCCGGGUUCCUGCUGGGCGCGGGUUUCUGGUUCUAUGGCUACCACAUUAUGCGUGCCCUCGGAAACAAGAUCACGCGCAUGUCACCUACUCGGGGCUUCAGUGUCGAACUCGGUGCGGCCGUCACGGUGCUGUUGGCAUCCCGUCUUUCGCUCCCUGUCAGCACCACCCAGUGUCUCACGGGUGCAACAAUGGGCGUUGCCUUGAUGAACUAUGAUCUCGGAGCCGUGAACUGGGCCCAAUUGGCCUUUAUCUUCAUGGGCUGGGUCUUCACUUUGCCUUGUGCUGGCUUGAUCUCCGGCUUGAUCUGUCUGAUGGCACUCAAUGCCCCUCAUUUCUGA